UGACCCUUAUUUUUAAGAACUGUAUAAUCUACACAAAGUCAGAUCUAACAAGUAAUUAUGCAAAUCAGUGCACAUAAACAUUAAUCUGAUUUAAGCCUCACCGAUUAAAACAAGCUUCCAGACGCUUAUCUUUUAGCGCCCUCUAUGGCAUUUCAUGUGUUGCACCUUGCAACACGAAUGACGCUUGUAAAGCUUGUCAUAAGCCGGAAGAGACAUAAAUGUCACACAUGGAGAGAAGGUGGACUCUUUUGCUUUGUCAUAAAUGUUAAUGAUCAUAAUGACAUUUUGAUUAGGUCAUAUUCAAGUAGUUUACAAUUUACCAUAAGGUGCGCUGCGAAUACGAAGUCAUGUAAAUAAGAAACGAGUUAUUUUCGACACAGAAGACGGUAGCAGCAGAGAGGUCCACUUGUGAUAUGGGAUUUCAUGUCUUUCUGUAUGUGCCUAAUGUAAUUGGUUAUAUCCGGAUUGUUCUUGUUCUCAUUUCUUGGAUUCUGUAUCAUUACCCGGAGAGUUUUCUACCCUUGUAUGUGUUAUCAAUUAUAUUGGAUGGGGUGGAUGGCUGGGCGGCACGUCGGCUGCAGCAGACUUCCAGGUUUGGUGCAUGGCUGGAUGUGGUCAUUGACAAUGUAGGACGUGGCAUGCUCUGGAACAUGCUUUAUGAUUGGGGCUGGCUGGUGUCUUCAGUAGAGUGGUGUGUAUUUGUGUGCAACCACAAUGCCAGAGGUGCCCAGUGGAAGAACACUUUUACAGAGAGCCCGGUGUGGGUGCAGGCAGUGAUGGCAAAAGGCUUCAAGACUCCUUUGGGCAUUCUGACAAUAGCAGGUCUCCAUGUUUUGCCCGUGUGGCUGUAUGGCUACCAGCAUGAGGUGCUGUCUCAGGCUUUCUAUGCCCCAAACUGGCUACAGAUUCUGGGGAUUCUGGUGCUGGCAGCAGGACGCUUGCUGGGCUUUGCAGUUGAGAUGUGGUGCAUCGUAACCCAUCUGAAAUUCUUAUCGUUGGAUGAAAAGGAAGAAAAGGAGAACUAGGGAUCUCUAAAUGAUUCUUUAGGACGUUGUAACGGUUUCAGAUUGAAUUCCUGUUCUAAUGAGCACGUGAAAAAACAUGUUGAAGGUUACAAAUGGAAAAUAUAAAUCAGUUUACCAGGGAGUAAUGUUGCAGGGAUAUAUUUAUAUUCCCUAGAAAACCUUAUAAAGUGAUACAUAUUUAUGCCAGAGCCUUAAAACACACAAGUGUUUAGGAAAGGAAGCUCUUUGCACUACAAUAGUUACAUUGUUUCUGAUAUAAAAAUUGCACGUAAUGUAUUUAUUUUGAAUUUAUUGUUUGGGACAGUGAAUAUAGCAGUAAAGCAUGCUGCUAGCAAGGGCAAGGUCAUGGGUUCACUUCUCAAGAAAUGCCUGAUAAAAUGUACACCUUGAAUGCAGUGAAAGUUGCUUUGGAAAAAAACAUAUGGCAAAUGCAUAAAUGUAAUAUUUAAUAUUUAAUGUAAAACCUACAAAUAAAACCAUAUAUAUAUAUAUAUAUAUAUAUAUAUAUAUAUAUAUAUAUAUACCGUGUGUAUAUAUGCAGUCAAACUAAAAAUUAUUCAGAGAUUUUUUAUAUAUUUUUCCUAGUGGGUGCAGGACACAAUAGUUCAUUUAUGCAAGUGAGGAUAGCAAAAUAAAGUAAACUGUGACAUAUUAUACCCAAAAAUUCUUCAUACAGUGGACUAC